AUCACCCCCUGGUUGCAUCAAGAGUUCUGGACAACGUUCGCUUGUCAUCUAACCACCACCACCGCCAGUCUCACUCCGUUCUAGUGAGAUAGAUAGACCAAGGGCCGUCGCUGCCAUGAGCGGACCGUCCACUUCCAAGAAUGCUUCCAAGCUCGGAGACCUCCUCGCUCAGUUGCCCCUCAACCAGCCGGGCCAAUGGAAAGAGAUCGAGUUCACAGCUCAGUCCCUCGCUAACGACCUUCGUGUGAAAGAUGUUGAACAGCAGACUGCCCUCGGGCUGACGCUACUACCGCAGACCCUCACGUCUCUCCUCAAGGGUGCUACCGACGGUGCACCGAUACCUGAGGAGGAUCGGAAGAAUGCCGUCUAUGAAAUACUUCGUGUAGGUGCAAACCUAUGUAUGGAUCAUGGCAAAUGAGAAUAGAGGUGCUCUGCUCGAGGCCAACUUCCCCCAGACUAUUGUUUCUAUUCUUGAAGGAUAUGCCGAGCCAAUAGACCCUGCCAAUACCAGCCCCCUUCCACUCUCUGUUCCAGACCUCAGAAUAGUAAAGACAGCAGUCGGGGUAUUGUUGAAUUUGAGCGUCGGGUUUGAACCGGUGCAAACCAGGUUAAUUUCUCUUGAGGCUGCUCUAACUAUCUUGAAACUAUCCAUCGCCAUCUAUCCUCCGGGCUCGUGGCUACAUGAGACUCACCAGCCUAGUGAAGAGUUGAACGACCCCGAAACCGCUCUAAUACUCGAAUCUUGGAGUCUUCGCUCGGGUCUCGCUUCGUGGGCGCUGCGUGCCAUUUCGGAACUACGUGAGGACGAAGAAGAGCAAUCUCGACAUCUACCACCACGACAGUUCUUCACCAUAGAUGCUCUCCCAUACCUAGUCCGACCCCUCCAAGCGUUCAUACCACCCUACCCAUCCCUGCCGCCACUGUUUGCUAAUCCGUCAUCCCGGCGAAACCUUGUCCAGACUGAUUUUGAAGUCCUGGAAGAAGCAUGCGGGCUGUUAGAAUCCCUUGCACUAGAUGUUGAAGAUGUUCGACUCUCACUCGCACGUGGACAUGCAGUCCCAGCUGAACAUGGUGGGGUAACUUGCCUUACUGACAUGCUCACGUUCGUCGAUCGUGGGGAUUAUCCUCCAUAUUGGUCUUCCUCUUCUUCCUCUUCGUCAACGUCUUCGUCACCUGAUCCGGAACAUGCUGCAAAGGAGAAAGCAUUUGAUAUCUGCAAGGCUGCUGUGAUCAAAGCUAUUGUCGAAGUUGCGGGAGAGGAGAAAAAUACGGACGUGCUUUGGGAUGACUCUGAAGCCGCUGAGGGUAAACCUGGUGGUGAAUUUGUACAGAAGAUGGUACAGUGGAUACGAACGCACAAAACAUUGAGUGAGACGAACCGGGACGAUCUUAUUAUCUGUGCAACGAUCAGCCUUGGAAAUCUGGUUCGACGAGAAACGCACGCCGCGGCGAUAGUGAACCCUCCAAUAUCGUUAGGGCCAGAUCUAGCCAGUCUGCUGGCACCAAAAAUCGACAUCAAGGUCAAACAUGGUGUUCUAGGCCUCUUAAAGCAUCUCGCUCAGUCACCGGCGAAUCGACCUAUCCUGGGUAAAGCAGGUAUCAUCCAACGACUAGCUUCAUCUGGUGUUUGGAGUGACAAGGCCGAUAUGGUUGAGAUCGUGCAGGUGUCAGCAAUCGGCGUUGCGAAACAUCUAUGCAGCAACAACGUUGAGAACAGUUUCGCCCUAGUCCUUCCCGAAUCCUCCCAACCACCUGAAUCCACAGCCCUCCAACAAACCCUCGUCCUCGUCCGUCGCUCAGAUUCAAUUGCCGUCAAGAGCGAAGGAACCCGUGUACUCGUCAACGCCAUCAAAUCCCUCUGGUCACCGGAUGCCUUAUCGUCCAAAGACCCCACCUUUGUUCAAAAACGUAAAGAUGCCAUAAACGUCGUCGCGAAUCAGGUUUGCGCCGCGGCUCUGGCACAACUCAUUGGAAGAAGUAAAAAAUACCCUCUCUUGAUCAACGAGGGUGUGGUUGCACUAUCGUUAUUGAGUACGCAUGCGAAUGGCGGCCAGAUCGUGCUGGACGCUCUUAUGAACCCUUUACCGUCGGAAGUCAAUGCACGAGGAGGUCCUCCGCCCGUCUCUGCCGGCGGCCCUCUGGCUGGUAACAGCGUCGAAGCCUCACCUGUCGUCGGGCCGAGGCGUGCCCUCGACAUGAUUGUCAGCGUCCUCCGAGCACCUCCCGUUCUAAUACAAGGUGUUACAGUUCAUACAGCGGAUAUUCCAGUUGAAGUACGUGCAAACACUUGUGCGCUCGUGGGACAUCUUGGAAGGAAAGGCGUUGUGCCGGAGGAUAGGGCGAAAGACGUGGAAAUUUUGAAGGAAAGCACGAGAGAACUUUUGGAGAUCGCAGCCAAGGAAAGGACCCACGCCGGGUCUGCAGCCAAGAGGGCCUUGGAGGCGUGGGGGCCGCUUGAUGGGUAGAUAUUCGACGCAGAGAACGCAGGUGUAACGUAUAGUUGGGUAUUACGGGUCUAUAUGCUUGUGUCUUCCUUUUGUACUCUUGCGUCAAUACUUGUUGGGCUGUUUGUCUUGCCGUUGUUGAUAGACAUGUCACCGAUAUGAUAUCAUUGUAUGUUGAGAACAAUUCGUGUCUUCUAAGUUCUAUAAUACAGAACUGAUACUAGAAAUAUGACACAAAGAUUGUAGAGUAAGCGAUGAACAGCAUAACGAGAAUGGCAUAAGUAUUCUGAUUGU